GGUCCCGGCGGGAGGAGGCGGUCCCGGCGGCGGGGGCCCCUUCCCGGAGAGGUGCCGAGGCAGCGCCGUGCGAGCGGCGCCCCGUGUGCCCUCCGUGAGCCCCCCCCCAGCCCCGAGCAUCCCCCCGGGCCGGGGCAUGGAGGCGGCGCACAGCCUCCCGGUGCUCGACGUCCUCCGCCGCUUCGGGGUAUCGGAGAGCUGCGGGCUCAGCCCGGAGCAGGUCCGCCGCAACCGGGAGAAGUACGGCCCCAAUGAGCUCCCUGCAGAAGAAGGAAAGUCCCUCUGGGAGUUGGUGCUGGAGCAGUUUGAAGAUCUCCUCGUCCGCAUCCUUUUGAUGGCAGCUUUUCUGUCAUUCAUCCUGGCCUGGUUUGAAGAAGGAGAGGAGACCACAACGGCAUUUGUGGAGCCCAUUGUCAUUAUCAUGAUCCUGAUCGCCAACGCCGUGGUGGGUGUGUGGCAGGAGAGGAACGCCGAGAGCGCCAUCGAAGCCUUGAAGGAGUAUGAGCCUGAGAUGGGGAAGGUGAUCCGCGCCGACCGCAGCGGGGUGCAGCGGAUCCGCGCCCGGGACAUCGUCCCCGGAGACAUCGUGGAGGUGGCAGUUGGCGACAAGGUGCCGGCGGACAUCCGGAUCAUCGAAAUCCGGUCCACCACCCUGCGGGUCGACCAGUCCAUCCUCACAGGGGAGUCUGUGUCGGUGAUCAAACAUGCUGACCCCAUCCCCGACCCCCGGGCUGUCAACCAGGACAAGAAGAACAUGCUUUUCUCCGGCACCAACAUUGCAGCUGGGAAGGCUGUAGGUGUCGUCAUUGCCACAGGGGUGUACACCGAGAUCGGGAAGAUCCGAAACCAGAUGGUGGAGACCGAGCCUGAGAAGACCCCUUUGCAGCAGAAGCUGGACGAGUUCAGCCAGCAGCUCUCCAAAGUGAUCUUCCUGGUGUGCAUCGCUGUCUGGGUCAUCAACGUCAGCCACUUCAGCGACCCCGUCCACGGGGGCUCCUGGUUUCGGGGGGCCAUCUACUAUUUCAAGAUUUCGGUGGCACUGGCGGUGGCCGCCAUUCCCGAGGGCCUCCCAGCCGUCAUCACCACCUGCCUGGCGCUGGGCACGCGGCGCAUGGCCAAGAAGAACGCCAUUGUCCGGAGCCUGCCCUCAGUGGAGACCCUGGGCUGCACCUCCGUCAUCUGCUCUGACAAGACCGGCACCCUCACCACCAACCAAAUGUCCGUCUGCCGGAUGUUCAUUAUGGAGAAGGUGGAGGGCGCCCAGUGCAGCCUGCACGAGUUCAGCAUCACUGGCUCCACCUACGCCCCCGAGGGACAGAUCCUGAAGGACGAGCAGCCGGUGCAGUGCGGGCAGUACGACGGGCUGGUGGAGCUGGCCACCAUCUGCGCCCUCUGCAACGACUCCUCGCUGGACUACAACGAGUCCAAAAAAGUCUACGAGAAGGUGGGGGAAGCCACCGAAACAGCCCUGACGUGCCUGGUGGAGAAGAUGAACGUCUUCAACACUGACACCAGCAAACUCUCCAAGGUGGAGCGAGCCAACGCCUGCAAUUCGGUGAUCAAGCAGCUGAUGAGGAAGGAGUGCACCCUGGAGUUCUCCCGCGACCGCAAGUCCAUGUCGGUGUACUGCACGCCCACCAGCCCCGGCCACAACUCCGCCGGCAGCAAGAUGUUCGUCAAGGGCGCCCCAGAAAGCGUGAUCGAGCGCUGCACCCACGUCCGGGUGGGCACUGCCAAGGUCCUGCUGACGGCCCCGGUGCGGGAGAAGAUCCUGGGCAGGAUCCGGGACUGGGGCAUGGGCAUCGACACGCUGCGCUGCCUGGCCUUGGCCACCCAGGACGCGCCCGUCCGCAGGGAGACCAUGCAGCUGCACGACUCCGCCGCCUUCGUCCACUACGAGAACAACCUGACCUUCGUGGGCUGCGUGGGGAUGCUGGACCCUCCCCGCAAGGAGGUCACCUCUUCCAUCGAGAUGUGCCGCAAGGCCGGCAUCCGCGUCAUCAUGAUCACCGGCGACAACAAGGGCACGGCGGUGGCCAUCUGCCGCAGGAUCGGCAUCUUCUCAGAGAGCGAGGACGUGGCCGGCAAAGCCUACACAGGCCGGGAGUUCGAUGAGCUGCCCCCUGAGGCGCAGCGGCAGGCAUGCCGCGAUGCCCGAUGCUUCGCCCGCGUGGAGCCGGCACACAAGUCCCGCAUCGUCGAGUACCUCCAGUCCUUCCACGAGAUCACUGCCAUGACAGGUGAUGGUGUCAACGAUGCCCCGGCCCUGAAGAAAGCCGAGAUUGGCAUUGCCAUGGGGUCAGGCACGGCCGUUGCCAAGUCGGCCGCCGAGAUGGUGCUCUCCGACGACAACUUCUCCACCAUCGUGUCGGCCGUCGAGGAGGGCAGGGCCAUUUACAACAACAUGAAGCAGUUCAUCCGCUAUCUCAUCUCCUCCAACGUCGGGGAGGUCGUUUGCAUCUUCCUGACGGCCAUCCUGGGCUUGCCCGAGGCCCUCAUCCCCGUGCAGUUGCUGUGGGUGAACCUGGUGACGGAUGGGCUGCCAGCCACUGCGCUGGGCUUCAACCCCCCAGACCUGGACAUCAUGGACAAGCUGCCCCGCAACCCCAAGGAGCCCCUCAUCAGCGGCUGGCUCUUCUUCCGCUACCUGGCCAUAGGAGUGUACGUGGGCCUGGCCACGGUGGGUGCAGCGACCUGGUGGUUCUUGUACGACGCCGAUGGACCGCAGGUCUCCUUCCAUCAGCUGAGGAACUUCAUGAGGUGCACUGAGGACAACCCCAUCUUUGAAGGAAUCGACUGUGAGAUCUUCGAGUCGCGAUACCCGACCACGAUGGCCCUGUCCGUGCUGGUGACAAUCGAAAUGUGCAAUGCUCUGAACAGUGUCUCUGAGAACCAGUCGCUGCUGCGGAUGCCUCCAUGGCUCAACAUCUGGCUGCUGGGGGCCAUCAUCAUGUCCAUGGCUCUGCACUUUCUCAUCCUCUACGUCAAGCCCAUGCCUCUCAUCUUCCAGGUAACCCCCCUGAGCUGGCCGCAGUGGGUGGUUGUAAUGAAAAUCUCCCUGCCCGUUAUCCUGCUGGAUGAAGGACUCAAGUACCUUUCCCGGAACCACCUGGACGGCAUUCUCAGGACGGUAAGACACACGUGGAGCGGGGAGCACCAGUUGAAAACCGGCAGGACGCCAGAGCAAGGGAGAAGAGGACAAGAAAUGAAUGACACGAAGGAACCGCUCCUAACUAAAGGCUCCCUAACUUGUAACUCGGACUGAAGUCUUGCAUGCGUGACCAUCGCUAGAAGCCAGCAGGACAUGCAUGUGUCCGACUAUCAGACAAAUGCGGGUGAAUCGUCGAAAAGAAAAAUACUGAUUUUGUUUUGUUUCGUAGCUUUCUUUUUCCUGUACAUACGAGUGCAAUUACUGGACAGCUGGCGUAGGGUUUGGGGACGGAGCUGUGUGGACCCGGGUCGUCGUAACGCGGUUCCUUGGGGAUUUAGCCCUGCAAAAUUUGAGACCCUCUUUCCAGUUUUCACCCUGACGGGGUGAGCUCAGGCAAGACGUCCUUCACGGGAGAUCGAGGGGCGGGGGGGAGUCGGGGGUUGUAGGCAAUAUGCUGAGCACGGGUGGGCGGCUGCGUUCCCUGGCCGGGCAGGACGAGCGAGGGCAGGGGAAGGGCUUGGCGGUGGGCGCGGGCAGAGGAGGGAGGCGAAGGGGCCGUGGGUUGGGGUCGCCGACCCUCGAUGAUGCCUGCGGUGUCGGUGGGGGCAUCCCUGCGGCUGCUGCGCUCCGCUCCGUGGUGUGGCCAUUGGUGGUGUGGAUCUUGCCGACUGUGUUUAUACGUCGAGGUCGAGUGCGUGCGGUGGAAGGUGAAGUUCUCCCUAUUUAUCGCACUGUCCUGUUUGAUGCCCGCAUUGUGGGAAGCCCCACACCUUCUCAGGCUCAUCGGACACCAAAGCGUUGACGCAGUCUUGUGUGUUCUCCUCCGUCCGGCGUCUUCUUAGAUCCCAUCUGCACUAUUUGAGCCGUAGCCCUCUUCCUCGUAGGGGCAACCGUUUGAAGCAAAGCAUGGGGAUGGCCAACUUUGCAUUCCUCAUGUCUACCGCUCACUCCUGGUCACGAUUUUUAUCCUCAGUUGAUUUUUAACCAUUUCCCUAGCAGGAGUAGAGCUGAAGUUCUUAGGAGCAUGUCCAUGAGUUCGUGUCCUCCUGCCUUGGAGGACAUCGCUGUCUUGCACAGGGCGUCCUUGACACCGGAGAUCCGCCUUCGAGACAGGGAUGAAUGUAUGCUUGUACAUAACGUAGUCCUUCUCCGUGAGCAGUGUUUGUCGCGGCAUCCCUUUUUAUAAGGCACCAACUUUAUUUUAUCCUCUUGGGAUGGUCCUGCAGCAGCAGUGACACGGGCUGCAGAGAGAGUUUGUGGAUUUUGGGAUCCAGUAAAUUGAUCUUUCUCCAUUGAGCUGCAUCAGCUGAGGAGCUGAUAGCGGGUGAUCUCUUCUCCAGCUCUCCAAAUCCUCCCUCCUGUUUUCCUCACGUUCCCCCAUGAUCCGUCCUGAUGAUAUUUCAUUAGCCAGACCCUGUAUCUUCCCUUUCUCUUAAAUUCCAGCAGAAGUACUCGAGCCAGGGUUUUGGAAGCAUUUUGCUCCUUUGCUGUUGGGGUUUUUCUUUUACUUUUUUUGCCUCUUAAAAGCUUCCAGUGCUUUUCUGUUUCUCUUUUACCUGGGCAAGAGCUACUCUUCCUCUGUACAGUAGGUGCCAAAUAUCAUCCUUCCUUUCUUUUCUCCAUCACCAGCAUUGAAGAUGAGCAGAGCCCCCAGACCAAUGGGAAUGUACAGAAUUGUUAUACUACUGAGCUGAUUUAAUUGUACAGAAAACCUUGCAUGAAAUGUUGUUACUGUAUUUAAUAUAUAAUGUAUUCAAGAAAUUUUAAUAUGGAGCUCUUUAAAAAGAUCUUUAUAGAUACUCUGUGGCUAGAAGAUUGUUGCUGAUUUUUUUUUUUUAAUAUUAUUAUACUUUGUCUUGAAGAAGUUUUAUUUUUCAGACGUGUUAUGUCUGAUUGAUUUAAUUGCUGAUCCCAUGGGACGACCAGUUCCUCUGUAAAGAUUUUCACUGUUCUGAGACUCACCCUGGCGAGGAGGACCAGGGCACGACCCGGUACUGCUUAAGCCUUAGAGUAAGGCUUCAGUAAGACUCACGCCAUAGACGUGUGGUGUGGCCUUCCCCGAACGGGUGGAUUUCACCUCGGUUUAGUACAGAUCUUCUCCAGCUCUCCGUGCAGGGAAAGCACAGCGGGAAUUUAAUCCAGUACCAGCUCGGUGACUUCAGAGGAAAUUGCCUCUCUGUUUCCCCGAGGCUGAAAACCCGUUUGGGAGAGGCUGGGCUGGAUUCAGAGCAUCCCAACCCCAUUUGUAGGGUCCAGCGGGGCUUUCAGCUGCCCGAUGGCAUCUCCCUGGGACAUGGUGGCCUCAGUCCAUCAGGACGGACCAAGCAGGUCUGUGUUGCACCACCUGCGUUUCCCUGGGCUUAAGGUCAGGUGUGGGAUUAUUAAUUUUACCCUUAAGGUCUGGUGCAGGUUUAUUAAUUUUACCCAAAUACGUAUGUGUGCGGAGGAGUUUCCUGUGUAAAGGUCCCGCUAAUGAGUACUGAAUAAUGGAUGGGAGUCUGAUGGAAGGAGGCCUAAAAGGAAAAAAAAAAAAAAAAAAGAAAAGAAAGAAAUAAGAGCUCUGUUUCGGAGCAGAGAUGGAAAUCAUGAAAUUUUAACUUGCUAUUAAAUCCCUGCUGGCAAUUUUUGCUUCGUCUCACCUGACACGGAGGGCUGGGGGUGGUCGUGCCAGGCGUCCGUCUGAACCCACUACCAGAGCGGCUGUUUGAGGAGCUGCUGCGUUUAUUCCCUUGCUGUUGCCAGAGGUGCCGAGUUGCUGUUAUUUUGUCGUCGGUGGAGAUGCCGCGCUGCUGCGAGCCCGGGCAAUGUCGGCCUGUUUGUCCAGUCGCUGGGUUGCAAGUGUGGGUUACCGAAACCCAAGCCAUUGCGGGCCAGAAACCAGAGCUGUGUCCCAGCCAAAGGCUCGUUCUUUCCAGCAGGAGCAAAUUGCGUUUGGUUUUUUAUUGCAAGCGUCUGGAUCUACCUAGAAAAUAGUGCAGGAAACCUGGGCUAAGGCUCCCUGGAGCAGGCAUCUCCCUGGCUAGGAGGGACCAUUUCGACACAUCCCCAUUUCCCCUUCUGAACGGUUGGCCACGUCUCUCUCUUUCCCCCCAUCCUUUAACUACUUGGAAUACAGGUUUCACUCCAUGCUUUUUGAUUACAAAUGUUUUCAUGAAGUAGAUAAAAUAUCCAUGAUGUAAUUUUUUUUCCUUUAUGCUUCGGUGACGGGUCAGGAUAAAUCACGGGGCAGGUAUUUAUCGCGCGCGUGCCACCAGCAGCGUGCUGGGCGCUUUCACAGGCUGGAGCAUGUUCUUGUGCAAACUUGGAGAUCCCGGAGCCGAGACCAUCGCUUUGGGAUGGGGUCUUGUGUCUUACCGCGGCAUCCGACGGUGUGCAAUACAAGGGAGAUGGACACUGGGUGGCCGUUUGGCCCAAGAGCUUCUUAAAAAAGGCAGCUGAGGGUCAAAGCCUCCGGGAUCCGUGCUUUUUUCACAACCGAGUUUAGGAAUUACUUCCUUUUUUGUUCUGUUUUGGUGGUGCUGCCUGGCAUAUUUGGGUUUUAACUGAAACGUAGGUCUUUCCAGCAAGACCUUUAGCAUCAGUGGGCUGCUGCGGCAGAUCCCCCGCGCGCAGGGACGCGAGGUGCACGGGGGAGGACACGCCGGGAUGGCAGCACGGGGUUGUCCACGAGCACUUUAUAGUCCUUUCUCAGGGCCAGGCACCGUGCUGGGCUACAGCCAAGGCGGGACGCGAGGGUCCCGCGUCCCUGGGGCGAGCAAUUUGGGGGGUCAGCUUUGGGCAGCAGGUGCGGAAAGUCUUUCGUGCUGUUUCGGGACGUCGUGUCGUUGUGGCCAGUUGCUAGAUGAGCUCUUGCCCCUGCGGCGUGUGGUCCCGUCGGGAGGCACGUUGGGAAAGGAAAAAGAGAGAUGCUCUGCGGAGCAAAGACGUACUGCGUCCUACGUUUUAUUUCUGUCACGUGGCCACGGUGCGGCUCAGGGUCUGGGUGAGGUUUUGGAUUUGUGUGUUUGAGACUUUGGCACUGUGAAGAUGUUGUCUGUGUGUUUCUGACGCUUGGCUCAGCCAAGGCUGGAUGGUACCACCAGGCACUGGGGAAGUCAGGAGCAGAAGGGUCAGGCUUUACUGGAGAGGCUGGGGGACUUCAUUCCUGUAAGAGCAUGGAAUCUGGGGUUGAACCAGAGUCUCUGCUCAUGAUGUGGAUGGCAGAAGUAGCCAGAGGAGCAAUAGGAAAACUCAGCAGCAAUUUUUGGUCCCUCUUUUGUGUGUCAGGUUGACAGUGCUGCUUCCCAGUCAGGGUCCUGCUCCGCAAAACUCAUCAAAUUGCUGUGCCAGAGCUCAGGCUAUCGCUGUCCCGGUUGGUGGGAGAUGUUCAAGGGCUUCAGUGACCUUGGCAUCGUAUCACUCCUGAAACUCAAACGCACAGGAGUCCCCAGUACCAACUCCUGAGACUUACUGUGAGUUUUGGUCCAUACCUGGCAUGGCCAUCACCUUGUAUAAAUGAUGCCAGAGAUUCAGUUGUCCCUGUUCAGUCCCACCCGGGCUUUUUUUCCCCCACUUCUGUGGUGGCACUUUCUGGCAGGGCUUGUCCCCGGCAGGGAGACAGCCCGGGGGUCGGGUUUUUGGGAUGAAGGAGAAGGGCUUCACCCCAUGCAGAGCUUGCGUGGCACGGUUUGGGUUAGGCUUUGCAGGGCUGCAGUGAGGGAGGGGACACACAGGGGAAGUUGUGCUCCCUGGACCUGUCCUCCUGGUGCCGUUCAGCUCUCGGUAUGAGCGGGGCACUACGUGAGCCUAAGCCUGUGUGCACCUGGAGCGAUGGGGACACGGGUGCUGCCGGCCAGAGCCCGAGCUGGGUCCAUCCGGGCGCUUGGGACCAAGAGGGGGGCGAGCGCUGGGCUGCCAGCGGGUGCCCGCAGUGGCUUCAAUCUGGGAAUAUCCUGAUUUUUUUUUUCUUUUUUUUUUUUUUAAUAUGAGAUGCCUGGACAGCCAGACCUAGAAAUCUCUGAGUUUGUGCUUCAUAGCGGAAGGUAAAUCAUUGUAUCUGGGGGUGGGUGGGAGGGUGUUGUCUGAGGGGUAGAAUUGAAAGAAACAAGGUUUCCUAUUUUAUUAUAUGAGAGAUAUUUUUCCACUAAAUUACUGCUUCCUAAAUCGUGUCCUUUGUCCGACUGUAAAUAGCCAGGUGUGCCGUGAAGACGUGGGAAAGCUCCUCGUGGUCACAUCCACACGAUCCACUCUGUUCAGACAAUAUUGGGCUGAUUUGUUUUAUACUUAUGAAAUUACAGAAAUAAAAGCAAUUUUACUGGA